CACCUCCACUAGGAGAGAAAUAAAACCACCACUAAUCCAAUCUCCCAUUUCCUCUGAUACGAAAGUCAUCGCCUCGGCGACUUAUCCCCGCCCUCCCUGCACGUGACUUCCAGUCAAGGGGCUGCAACUUUCUGCUUUCGUUUCCUGGCGAUCCUCCCUUUGCAAGCUGGGGAUGCAAAGUUCAGCACCUGUAAGUUGUGUGUCUGUGUACGAGGAGAAACUUUUGGAACAAGAGCCUGCCUCCCCAUCGCGCCCUGUUUCCAACCCUACCAAGCAAACCCGCUUCGGGGAACUCUUGGUGGUGGUUUGCUUUUUUUAAAAAGCGAAACUAAAAGUGGUUUCCUCUCGCAGGAGGACGGUGGGUGCCUCCGGCUUUUUGCUGGUCGAUCUCGGGAAAUAUCUUCAAAAUUUGAGAGGUUCCAAGUGCAUUUCCCUGUUCUAAUUUUACUCGUCUUAACUUUUUUUUUUGGGGGGGGGUCGCUUUCUGCGCUUGAAAGCAACGCAGCUGAUCCACAACCCUGGCUGGUGAGGUGGAAUCCAAAUACAGCAACUGACCUCUCCUCCCUUCCCGAGCUUUGCAGUAGAGACUAGAAAAGAGGGAGAGGGGAGAUCCCCAGACUGGAGCCCCCAAUCCUGGAGUGCCGCCUCCGCUGCUGAGCGGGGGGGGGGGGGGGGCAAGAAAAGCGCGCAAGCGUGGAAAGGUCCUGUAAUGAGUAAGAAUUAUUACCUUGAAACAUUUGUUUCCCGCGGGAAUGACACACGGUAUUCUCAAUUUCUACAGUUGGGAAGGUUUUGCAGUAACUAUAAAAUAUUAUUUUUUGCUACACAUAGUACUGUUGUUGUUUUUACGGUAAUCUCGGUUUGCUUACAAGAGUGGCUUGGGAAAUCCUGCCAGAUGGGCGGGGUAUAAAUAUUGUUGUUGUUGUUAUUUUUUCAUCAUCAUUAUUAACCAUGUAAAGGGAGGUGUUAUUGCUGCAGGAAAACAAAAUAGAGAGAACGACUUGCCUUCCAAAAUCACCUACCUAAAGGUUUCAGGGUUGGUAGUGACAAUAUAGUCAUAGAAUUAAAAGUUUAUGCAAUUCAGACAAAAAUAAGAAAAGUGACUUGAUGAUGAUGAUAAUAAUUUAUUAUUUAUAUGCCGCCCAUCUGACUGGGUGGUCCCAGCCACUCUGGGCAGCUCCCAACAAAAAAUUGUAAAAGCACAAUACAAUAUCGCAUUCUAAAAACUACCCUGAACAGGCCUGCCUUCAGAUGAUGAUGAGAUAUUGCCUCCUAUAUUAGAGGGGUUCACUCAAGCAUCUCGUAUGUUAAAUUCAUAUGUGAGGGGAGUUUGGGGGUUUUUUUAUGUUGCCCUCCCCACACCAGCCAUGCCAUCACCACACUCCUACUGCUGGCCACACCUUUAUUAGCCAUGUGAAGGGGCCGUUUACACAGAACAAUAUUUAUUUGAAAGCUUUAAGCCGCAUUGUAAAUCAUUUAUGCAGAAUAAGCUCUCUCACACACAUAUCUGCACAAUUUAUUCGGGUUGCAGAAUUGGUAUUAUUCAGGGAGCAGGAUUUCUGUUACCUUGUUCAGUAUUUGGAUUUUCUUCAUGUACGGCACAUUCCCAAUGAAAGUCUUGCUUUGGCAGAUACGGUAUAUAUUUUGGUAAAGGCGGCUCCUCUGAAACACUUUCCAACCUGCAACUGCCUAGCUCUUUCGCCAUCCAAUUAGCUGUAUGGCUGGAAUUCACCUCAGGCUCAACCGAGUGGGUCACUAAUUCCCAUGGGUGUACAAAAUAAAAAUAUGCAUGAUUCUCCCCUCACAUGGAGGAGUCCUCUGUGGCUACAUCAGUAAUCCAAUUUAAAUAAAAAAAAUCAUUGAUUUUUAGCCACCCUGUCUAAUAGCUAUGUAAGUACAUGUACAUUUACAGUCUGCAAAUCUCAUAUUGACCCAGGUUGCAUGUGAAGCAGCUAGCUAGAUUGAUUGUUGCAAGUUAGCCAUCUUGCAAGCUAAGGAGUCUCUAAGCUCCAGGACUCCCCGCCUAAGGAGGCCUGUUUAUUCCUUUUGUUGGUCUUUCUCAGGGAGCUAAAGGCCUUCUCCUGUAGAUGAGCCUUCAGCGAUUUGUCUUCAGUCAUGCUGAUUUCUUAUUGGAUGAUUUUUUAAAAAAACAACAACAAAUAAAUGCAUACCAGUGCAGAUUAAUCACAACUCUGUUGGGAGGAAGGGAAACUGGUUGCUAACUGCUAACGGCGCCUGUUUUUAUUUAUUAACUUUUUCAUAUCUGUUUUUGUAUUUUUUAAUAUCGUUAUUGUUAGUGAAAGGUGGAACUUGUAUUGGAUUAAUAAAUAAAUAAAUAAAUAAAUAAACACAACACAGCUCUGUGGUAUGGGAACAUAAACAAAUAUGACUGGUAAAGAAUAUCAGGUGCUUUGACUGGAUUGCUAUUAAAUAUUCCGAUUGGAUGUGUCUUGUUAAAAUAAACUUCAUGUUCCAGUGGAUUUAACACGUCAGACCUGCUCAAAUGACAAUUGCACUAUGAAUAUGCACUGAUGAUGCCAUCAUCCUUGUUAUUUAAAAAGUUCUAUUUUCAGAUGUAGUCUCUCCUCAUAUUCUUUACAUUUAUUCUAAAACAAAUGUUUGCUUAAGUGUCAUGUAGUAGUGGAAGGUGUUUUGAAAAAGGCUGGACAGAGCUUUGGAAAUUAUUCUGAAUGUCCUUAACCGUUACUUACAAGGCAACAGACAGAUUACCUCAUGAUCUUUUCCUGUCUAGGUUUUAAUGAUUCAUAUUGAAUGAAAAUCUAUUAAUGAAUAUAGAGAAGGUCUUUUCUCAGCAGAUUUGUGUCACUAAUCUGUGUUGUGUCUCAUGUGGAUAAGAGCUUUUCAGUAUGAAUCCAGUACUUAAGAUAUCUUGAAUUAGGGCUACUAUAAGAAAAAUGUCCACUGAAGGUUAUUUUGUCAGAAAAGUGCAUAACGAAGUAAAAAUUGUGUCAGGGAAAAGGUAGUUUUUUGAUGUUCUUUUUUAGAUGACCGGGGUGCUGCUGGGUUCUGUUCUGGGCCCAUUGUUUCUCAGCACCUUUAUAAAUGACUUGGAUGAAUGGUAUUGAGGGGAUGCUUAUCAAAUUUGCAGAUGACAUCAAACUUGGAGGGUUUGCCAUUACUGUUGAAGACAAAAUCAGGUUUGAAUAUAACCUUAACAGAUUGGAGAACUGAGCUGGAACUAACAAAAUGAAUUUCAAUUGUGACUAAUGUAAGGUUCUGCACUUAGGCCAGAAUAAUCAGCUGCACAGAUAUAAAAUGGAGGACACCUGGAUUGCCAGUAAUACAUAUGGAAAGGAUCUAGGAGUCUUAGUAUACCACAAGCUUAACAUCAGUAUGAUGUAGCAACAAAAAAAAGUGAAUGGGAUGCCCAAUGUAUGUCAAGGAAGUAAGAACAUACACUAAUGAAUUGUCUAGGAUUGCUUCUUCAGAAGCAAACCUCAAUAUUUAUUUAACUUCUGGCAUUCAUUGCAAUACACAGGCAUCCCUUUAUUGAGUAGUCUUCUAGUUAAAAGGUUAAGGUUUGCCCCACCCUUUUUCAUAAUAUGUAUUUCUGACUGUGCUUGUAGAAUAUGGAGGAAAGUGAGAUUACAGGAGCACUUGUAAAUGAGACAGAGAAUGUUAAAGAACCAGAUAAAUUAAAGGUAAGUUUUUGAAGUGCCAAUGCAGUUCCAUUUAAAUAGCUUAAAGCUUGCAGCCCAGAUAUUUACAGAGUGUAUAAUUGUGUAUUUGUACCAUUUCAUAGAGAAUGGAGAAUGGUGAGUCUCCAGGCGCACUUGUGAACGAAACAAAGCAUCUUGGAGAACAGGAAAAAGACAAAGUAAGUUCUGUCACUGGUCCUUGUGCAGUUCCAUUAAAUGAAGAUUAUAGUUUUAAUUUGUAGGUGUCUCCCACUGGAUGGAAGUGAGAAUUAAACCGGACUUAUUGUUUUAAUGGAUGGAUAAUUUGGUUCUGAUUAACUUUUGUUUUGUAGACUACUGAGGAAGGCCAAGUUGAAGACCAGCGUGUCACAGAGGCAGAAAGGGAACGGCAAGAAUGGGAGGUAAAUCUCUGUAGGUUUUCAUGCCAUUCAAAGAUGGCAGCAUGAACCUAAUGCAUAGGCUAUGUGGAACCCUUUUCCAGCCCUUGGGUUGGGUUUCAUUCCCAUGUGAAGAGCCAGGGGCUGCAUGUCAUUGGUGGGAGGAGCCGUAAGCAAAAAUGGGCAAGACCUGGGGCAAAAAUGGGCGGAACAAUAGGCGUGACUCUUGCCUUUGUAGAGCAGGCUACAUUCCAGCCCCACACAAGCCAGAGGGUUCUACGCACCUCCAUUCAUCUUACAGGCAAGCAAAGAGUCAUUACAACACUAUAAUAAUAUAUUCCAGCCAGGCAAAAGCAUUCAGGGAGGGUGAAGAGCAGAGCCCUAUGACAGGUAUGGCCCAUGGCCAAAGGCUGGAUAGAGAGCCCUGGAGGACGAGGGACCCAGCCCCCCAGACCUGAGGUUCCCCACCUUCGCUGCCUGCUGCAAGCAGCCACAUUUGUUUAGAAAGCCUUCCGCUGAAACCGUCUUGACUUCUCUUGCAUUGUAAAGGAGAAGGUUGCCAAAGCUGAAAAGGAAAAGGCCGAAACGCUUCUUUCAAAACUUGCUGCCGAUGAGAAGAGGUGCCGCUGCCAAGAGGAGUUCACAAAGCUAAAGGGUCAGGAAAACGAGGCACUGAGGGAAAGAAUGAUGGUGCAGGAGAAGCAUCAGGUAAUAUAGAUUUGUAUUAGUUUGCUGCCUUUUUGCAUCCCUAUCCUGAGGUGGCGGUGGUGUUGUUACUGUUAUGCAGGACCUGUGUCAAAAUGUUGCAGUGGGGAGUGCUUCCUGCUGUGGAUUAAAGCAGGUCAGCAGCGAACGUUACAAAUUCAAAAUAUAGGAGAGUGAAAGAUAGAGGCGGCUGCUCAUAUCGUCAAUUUGGCCCCUUCCCAUCAAGUAACAAGAGAGCCUAUUUGUACUGCCAUUAUUUUAAGCAAAUAGCAAAAUAGUCAAUAUGGGGAGCCUCAAUCCUGCGUCUUUCUGUGGCUUGAAAGCCCAGCAUUUGGGGGCUGGUUCUGGCUAGUUUGCAGUGAAGGAAAGUUACUCUGCACAUGCUUAGGAGUACAGUGGUACCUCAGGUUACAGACGCUUCAGGUUACAGACUCCGCUAACCCAGAAAUAGUACCUCUGGUUAAGAACUUUGCUUCAGGAUGAGAAUAGAAAUCGCACGGCGGUGGCGCGGCGGCAGCGGGAGGCCUCAUUAGCUAAAGUGAUACCUCAGGUUAAGAACAGUUUCAGGUUAAGAACAGACCUCUGGAACGAAUUAAGUUCUUAACCUGAGGUACCACUGUACUCAACUUCUUAAAACUCUUGUUCAUGUCCCAAGAGAGGUAUUUAAACAAAUUUGAGAGCUAAUCUAGAUUAAAAAGAAAAAGAGAAGAAAAAGAUUUGGGAGUAACAUCUUCACUCUCAUUAAGAUCUGAGUGUUUGUUGUGCACUGGAAUACAAUUUGAUUGAGACACAAACUAUCUUUAAACAAGGACAGAACAACUAAAUAGAGCAAAAAUCAAGCAACAGGAAUAUUGUGACCCAUUCAAACAUUAUGGCCACCAUGUGGACAUUGCUGGAAGUGCUUCGGCAUGGCAUAAUGGGUUCUGUAGAGCAGCAACAGAAACAAUUGCAGUAUGUGACUAUGACAUUUAAAAGGCCUCCAUAGUGUUAAUUUAGGAAACCAAGCAGUACAGAAGCUGGCUGUUCCAAAGUUUAAAUAUAAUCAAGGUUUGUCUGUUUGGGCUAGAGCAGUCUUCUCUGUCCUGGUACAACCCAGAUGUGGUUGACUACAAUUCUUAUCAGCCCCAUCCAGCACAAUGAAUGGUCAGAGGUUAUGAGGCUUGUAGUUCAAAACAACUGGAAGGCACCAAACUUUUAGAAGACAUCUAAAGGCAGCCCUGCUUAAGGAAGCUUUUAAUGUUUAAUAGGUUAUUGUAUUUUGGUGUUUUGUUGGAAGCCACCCAGAGUGGCUGGGGAAACUCAGCCAGAUGGGCGGGGUAUAAAUAAAUUAUUAUUAUUAUUAUUAUUAUUAUUAUUAUUCAGACCUAGGAAUACUUUUUCUUGGGGGUGGACAAGAGUAUAGGAAAUUAAAUCAAGGGAAACUUUUAUAGUAAAUAUUAAGCAAUAUUUUGUUUACUCUAACUGCUUGGUUGUUGUUGGCAUUCAGUAAAACAAUUACCUUUGAAAAAAACAUUUCUAUCUCCCAGCAUCAGCUACCUCCCAUUGACAGAUAUUUAAAUCUUCUCUCACAUUCUGCAGGAGGAACUUUCCUCAAUAAAUUCAAAGAAUACUGAGCUGAAAAGGGAAAUUCAGAUCCUUAAAGCCAGGCUUGCAGAAGAGAAAGCCAAAUGUGGAGAGCUUGCACAGAGAUAUCGGGUAAUACUUACAUUUCAUUGUUUAACCUUCAAAGGGACAUAGCUGUAUUCAGGACUGUGGGUGAGAUGUUGCUGGAGCUGGGCUGCCUAAGGCACAAGGGACAAUAUUUUAAACUAUUCCGAUUUCAAAUUUUCCUGCAUGCUUGGGUAGGCUUUGCAACUCCUCCUUGUAUUUCUGAAUUUGUAGUUUACUACAAAUUAACACCCUCAUUACUCCUCCGCUUGCAACUUCGUUAGGUGCAAUUACUACUUAGGCACUUAAAAUUACCUAACUUUUUAGCAGUGCAUUAUACGAGUGUGGCCAGUGCGCAAAAGAGCCCAGCUAUAUCAGACCAAAGGGUUAUCUAGUCCAGCAUCCUUUUUGCAAAGUCACCAAGCAGAUACCUAUUGGAAGCCCGCAAGCUGAGCAAGACUGGCCACUGGCCAAAGGUUCCCGGUCCUGUUAGAAACUUUAGGAACAAGCAGGCACUAUGGGGCCUACACGCUAGUGAAACCUUUCAUCCAAUAAGUAUAGCAUUUUGGGUUUUGCUGUGUUUUUAUGAACAAUGUCAUAAAUUGUUUUUAUCUUCUGUUUGGUUUCUAAAAUACCAGCUCAAAAACGACAUACCUGAGAAGAAGAUGAAGUUUAUGCGGUUGGAGAAUAUCAAGGAUGAGAACAUGUAUAUGAACAUAACCUGCCUUUGUCACAUAGCGACAAAAAUCCCAUUCAGGCUAAGCCAAGGAGAAGCUCUCAUCACGUUUGAAGAGGAAUGUGGUAGGAAAUGUGCAUUCAAGUUUGGGUUAAGCAACCCCUUUCAUUCUUCUGGCAGGAAGAGCUUAGGACUAAUUAAUAUGUUCCCAGUCUGCUACUUAUUUCUUCCUUUAUGUCAGCCAAGUCUGGGCCAAGACGUUGAGCAAACUGACCACACGACCCUGCUGUGAAGAUAUAACAGUAACCAACAAUUGGAUGCCCUUUAAUGGUGCCCCAAAUCUGCCACCUUAGGCAGCUGCUUUACUCUUCCUCUUGAUAGGGCCAGCAGGAUAUUCACAGUGUAAUGGCUAAGCUUUAUGUCAGAAUCAGGGAACGAAGCAUUGACCUAUAAAGUGGUCUGCAAAAUUAUUUAAAAUCAGUACAGUCAAACCUCGGUUCCCAGAUGCCUCUGUUUUGGAACGUUUUGGCUCCCAAACACCAAAUACACGGAAGUAAGUGUUCCGGUUUUCAAAUGUUUUUCGGAAGCUCCUGCAGCCAGUCAGAAGCCACGCCUUGGUUGUCAAACGGGAUUCCGGAAUGGAUUACAUUCACCUUUUGACAUCAUGGCAUCUCAGCUAGGGACUAACAGGAGGAGUCAAUAAUUAUUUAAUAAUUGUUUAAAUGAUAUAUUUUGCGGAGGGGGGCAGAAAAUCUCCUUAGGGGUUGGAUAUGACCCAUAGUCUAGCCAGCCCUGCCUUUCACACAAACUUCUGUGGCAUUGUGCAAGCUAAUUCCCCGCAAUUUUUGAUUACUUGACUCCUGUGAACUUUUAAAACCAAAUGUAUAUAUGGCCAAUUUUUAUGUAUGAAUUUGUUCCUUAGUUUUAUAUUUGGUUAUGGAAAACUAUUAACAUGCUGUCCUUCAGUUGCCCAGGGACUGAUCCAAAAACACUGCCAUAAUGUGAACUUUGAAAGUAAGAUGAUAUCUAUGAAAGCUCUGCCUGUUAUCCUGGAGAGGGGAGUAACAUUUGAGGUAAGUCAGUGACCAUGGUUUUUAAGUGUUAUGUGUUGGUGAGUUGAACUCUGAAACAAAAGUUUUGUUGGUGGUUGCAAUUCUAUACAGAGUUUGUUGUUGUUUAGUCGUUUAGUCGUGUCCGACUCUUCGUGACCCCAUGGACCAGAGCACUCCAGGCACUUCUGUCUUCCACUGCCUCCAGAGUUACUAAGGGGUAAAUCUUUUUGAACUUGGACUUUCAGAAAUAUGAAGGCCUGGGGGAAACAGGAACAUUAAUGAGAAAUGUCUGUUCCCUCCCUUCUGUUUUUUAAAGGAUAAUUGUAAAAUGUGGUGUUUUUUUUAAAUCUCAGUGAAUUUUCAUUUUUUUCUCUCUGCACAUCUCUCAGGACUUGUAUUUGAAUAAAUCUUCCACAGAAUCAGGUUGUAUCAUAUACAUUGCAGACCUGUAUAUGACUGCUUAGAAGUAAUCACAAUUGAGUUCAAUGUUACUUACUCCUACAGAAGCAAAUACAGUCAUACCUCAUGUUACAUUUGCAUCAGGUUGCGUGUUUUCAGGUUGCAUCCUGCGGUGACCCGGAAGUACCAGAAAGGGUUACUUCUGGGUUUUGCCACUCAUGCAUGCACAGACGCGCAAAAGGACGUCACAUGCCUGCGCAGAAGCGGCAAAUCGCGACCUGCGCAUGCGCAGACGCGGGUUGCAUUCAUUUUAGGAUGCAAAUGGGGCUCCGGAACGGAUCCCCUUCGCAACCAGAGGUACCACUGUGUAGGAUUACAGCCCAAAUCUUUUAACAUUUUUUUUUGCAUAGUAUACUCUAGUGAAGCAAAAUAUUGGACCUAUUUACUUACAGCCUUCUUAGCUUGAUAUGUGAGAAAUGUAUUUAACACCUGAUAGUCACAAUGAUGUUUGGUAACAAGUAUAAGUUCUGCAACCUUCUGCCACUCAUGAUGUAGCUGAUAGGAAGUGUGUUCUUGCCAAUGAAACCCAUGCUAUGGUCAUGAUAUGUUUUGGCCUUUUUGCUUCUAUAAAUGAACAUGGCUACAGUUCUGGAUUUUAUUUCACACCUGUAAUUUUGGAUUGUUUUGCAGCUCCAUGCUAAGAUCUCUAGAAAGCAGAUUAAUGUUUCUAACAUCCCAUACCUAAACAUCCCUCCGGAAUGGAUGAGAGAUAAAUUGGAACUGAAUUUGUACAAAGCUAAACUGGGAGGAGAAGUGCAGAAUGUGACCUAUGACCAGCAGUCCCAGAUGGCCCUCGUUACAUUUGGCCAGCCAAUAGGUGAUUUCUGAAGCAUUGUGCAAGUUAACUUUACAGAAUCAGAUCCCCUUCUAAGUGCAUUGCUUUUACUUCGACAUUGUUCAGUUGACUGCAGAUUUGAGCAUCAUAUGGUUGUUGCAAAACUGAUCUAAGAUGCAUUGACACCAAGUACUAUCUCCUGUCUCCCCCCACUGGUAGACUUAUAACACAGUCUAUUGCAGGAUUACUUAGAAGUAGCCCUAUUUAGUUCAACUGAUAUUCCCUACCACAUUCAUAUAGGAUUGCAGCCUUAAGAAUAAAAAGGAUAUCUAGCAAUGUUACCUGAAAUGCAUUCAGUUCCAAACCACAUUCUUCUGCACUGGUGAAUGUUUUUUAUUCAUUCUAGAAAAGAAAAAGCAGAUGUGCAUUCCAUUUUACAUCUUUCUUAUUCAGCAGUGCAGUUGUACACAUUUUUAACCUCUGGCCUAGCAGUAACCAUUUAAAAAACGAUGCUUGGUUUUAAUAUUACUGUAAACAAGGGGGGUGUUUAUACCCCAGAUGUGCUAGAAACUGUUAGAAAUGAAUAAUAAAAAGAUAUAUGUUCACUCAGAAGUACGUCUUGGCAUGUUUAUAGAGUGCUGUUUGAAUUGUUGUGUCCUUCUUGGGCACAUUUCCUAGCAGGGUGGCCAAAUAAUACAAGGAGAUAUGUGCUCCUACAUCUUUAAUAAUGGUUUAGAAGCAGGAAUGCCAGCAGUUAUUGCUUGUCCCUGAAUAUCUUUGUGAUAUUCCUUAUUCUACACAACUGUUAGUAUAGCAUCACUUUCUGGCUACCCUUGUUCCUUCCGAUUUUAGGCUGCAGUCGUAUUCACACUGAACCUAAGAUCAAGUCCCAUUGAAUUUAGGGGCCUUCUUUUGAGUAGACAUGACUAGCAGUUCACUAAUGGUGCCUCGUAAUGGAACAUUUAAUCAUUACGUUUAUCUUACAGUCUUAGUAUGCUCAAUCCCAGGUAAAUAUACAUACGGUUACAAUAUUUGUCAUCAAUACUGGUUGCCCAAUUAAAGUACCUAUUAAAAUAUUAAUUUGCAAGUUUGGGAUUUUAUUCUGUAUGGAAACAAUAGGGUUUUCUCCCCCUCCCCCUGCCCCUGAAGUUCAGUACUUGGAAUAAACUGUAUUUCUUCAUUACAUUUCUACUGUUUUUCUCUCCUAGCUGCUAACAACAUUGUGAGAUAUGGAAAAUGCCCUUUCCGCACAGGUGAAAGGACUCAUUUUGUCCUGGUUUCUCCUAUCAUAGAGAAGACUUUGAAUAGAUUUCAGGUAAAUGGAUCAUACCCAUGGGGUUGAUUGCAGUUAGUAAGUGAACGGAGACUUGCAAGUAUUGUGCCACGAUCCCAGUCUUUACUAGCAAGUAAGUCCUACUCAGUUCAGUGGCACUUACUUCCAGGUAACUGUGAUUUGUAAUUUUAAUCAUAAUCGUUAAAACCUACAUUCACUUUCCAGAGAAUGCUUUUCUUCACAGAACUUAACACAAAGAGGCUGUGGUGUCCAGUAAUGGGGAGUGAGAAUUAAGAGCUUAGAAGCUUUCUGAGAAGCGAGCAUAGAGACCCUCGGAUUUUAGCAACAUUGCCACGCUAUGUUUGAGAUCCUCAACAUCACGUGUGCGAAUAUAAGGAAGUGCAUAUGACACGCCAUCCAGAACCUAAAAGGCACUUUCAUGAUUCUUGGUCUGGCACAUUUUUUUCCUCUUCUGCUUUUAGUGAUUUCACCAAGGCCCUACUACUGAUUUUUCCUAACAGAAUUAGGUUGCCAUUUUUAACAAGCAGCCAAAAGGUGUAAGUACAUUUUAUUCUGGCUAGUUAGCAACCCUGCAGGACAACAAUUGGUUUACCUUUAAAAUUAGACACACAGGCAUUACUUGCAGCACUCAAAAAAGACAAAAUAUAUAUAUUUUUUUCAUCAAUGGGUACUUUCCUCCCAGUCCAAAUAGCUUCAGAAGAAUAAUUUUUGUCUGGACCAAGGCAGGUGGAGGGCGGCAGGUUAAACCUAGUAAAUAAACACUCCCACAGAGGCACUACUUACAUUUUAAAACUAAUGAAAGUAUGCUUAGAGCAAAGAGCAUCUAAAGUGACUAUCUUGGCUCUUAAGGACUAAAGCCUAAAGGUUUUGCCUGCAUAACUGGGAGUAAGCCCCACUGAAUUAAGUGGGACUUACUUCUGAGCAGACAUGGUUAGGAUUUUAGCCAAAAGUACAGAUUUAUAGUUUGUUUAAAAACAUCAGAAAAGGGAAGGAACACAUGACCUGCUAAUACCAGCAUUUUCACUCCACCAAUUUAUAUAUUCCUUAAAGUGAUUUGUAGUCACAAGAUGUGGUGUGUUUUUCUUUUGACAGAUAUAUUCAGGGAUUUCCAGGAGAACCAUACUGCUAACAGGAAUCAAGGCAGAAAAGGAUGAGGAUGAUGAAAGUGUGCAAGAUAUGAUUGCGAUCCACUUUCAGAAACCUAGAAAUGGUGGCGGUGAAGUGGAAAAUGUCAAAUUUGUUUCACAAGGAGCCAAAGUCACUUACUUUGAGAAUGAUACAGAGAAUGUUAUAUGACAGUGAAUGAAGUUGAACUCGACUUUCCAUUCUGCCAAGGGCUUCAUAGAACAAUAAACAUGCUCUGUAUUUUAUUUUAUUACACUGGAUGGUGUGCCUGCUUUUUUUCUAAAUCAAAAGUCAUUUUUCACAGAUAGGAAGGUUCUCCUCUGAUCCAGCAAAAGUAAUGACAAACAGUGCAAUCCUAUCUAGGCAGGUUUACUUAAAAGUAACUCUCACUGUUUUAAAUGGGGUUUACUCUGAAAUAAGUGUGCAUUGGUUUGCUGCCUAUGUUCAUCAGACUGUAAAGAAGGCAUCACUAGGCAAGCACUGAUUGAUCUUAGCACCACAGAGAUGAGGGCUGAUAUAAGAUGACCACGAGUCCUUUACAAUCUCAGGAAAUUGAUUAUAUACUAAGUCUUUAGAGUAGAAGGUUCAUUGCAGAUAGCUAAUAUUGGAUCCUAGAUUGCUGUUAUGGUUGAUACGAUAUAAGUGCUCAUAAUAAAUUGGUGUGUUUCGAAUAUAUGUCUAGUGCUUUCUUUCUUCCUAAAAUCUAAUUAAAUGAACCUGGGACUGCA